CACACACACACACACACACCCCCAACACCACCACCCCCCUAGGCCCUUGGCCUGGCCUCUUUCUUCUUCCCUCGCAGAGAACUACCGGGGGACCAUCGCCGCCGCCCCCGCCGUCGUCUCACCGGAAAACUGUUCCGGAACUCCUCCGGCGACUCGGCCGAUUGCCAGCAAGCACUCCGGGAACACGUGAAACGCGCCCUCUCUCGCUCGCCGGCGCGUUCUGAUAUUGCUUCGGAGGUCGUCAGAUUCGGCGGGGGAGCGACGACGAGAGACACAGCCCUGCAUGGUCCGGAGGCACCAUCUUGUUCCGGUAAACGAUCGGAGGUACAUCAAAAUGGCGGAUUUCGAUGGCUAGGAGUUGAAAAGUACACGCCUUUUCCUUUGUCGCUCGCGCUCAAUUCGUUUUUCCGUCCGUUCCUCCCCUGAGCUUUUUCUAAGACGGCGUCGUUUUGUGGGGAGAGGGAGUACGGGGGAGCUGGAGGAGGGGGGUGAUGGGGAAGGUGGGGGUGGCGGUGGCGGCUGCCGGGGCGGCGGCGGCGGCGUGCGUGGUGGCGGCGGCGGUGGUGGGGCGGAGGGUGAGGAGGAGGAGGAAGUGGGGGAGGGUUUUGGGGUUGUUGAGGGAGGUCGAUGAAGGGUGCGAGACGAGCGUCGGGAGGCUGAAGCAGGUGGUGGACGCCAUGGCGGUUGAGAUGCAUGCGGGGUUGGCGUCUGAGGGUGGCUCCAAGCUCAGAAUGCUGCUCACUUUCGUCGAUAAUCUCCCUUCUGGGAGCGAGGAAGGGACAUAUUAUGCGCUGCAUCUUGGAGGUACUUAUUUUCGGAUGUUGAGGGUAAAGCUAGGAGGACAAAGGUCCUCGAUCCUUGUACUUGAUGUGAAACGGCAACUCAUUCCUCAACAUCUGAUGACCGGUACAACCGAGGAUCUUUUUGAUUUUGUUGCUUCAUCAUUGAAGGAAUUCAUCGAAAGAGAAGAAAAUGGUUCUGCAUUUACGUUGGACAGAAGAAGAGAACUUGGUUUCACAUUCUCAUAUCCCGUUAGGCAAACCUCUGUUUCAUCUGGCAUUCUGAUCAAAUGGACAAAAGGAUUUGCUAUCGAGGACAUGGUUGGGAAAGAGGUGGUUGAAUGUUUACAACAAGCAUUGACAAGAAAAGGCCUGUCUGUGCGCGUUUCUGCCCUGGUGAAUGACACGGUGGGAACUUUAGCUCUGGGACAUUAUCAUGAUGCAGACACUGUUGCUGCAGUGAUAAUUGGAACUGGCACAAAUGCUUGCUAUGUGGAGAGAAUGGAUGCAAUAAUUAAAUGCCAAGGAAUUCUUACUUCCUCUGGAGGCAUGGUUGUAAACAUGGAGUGGGGAAAUUUCUGGUCGUCUCAUUUGCCGAGAACUUCAUAUGACAUUGAUUUAGAUGCCGAUAGCCCCAACCCAAAUGAGCAGGGUUUUGAGAAAAUGAUAUCAGGAAUGUACCUGGGUGAUAUUGUCAGGAGAGUACUACUCAAGAUGUCCCAAGAAUCCGAUAUUUUGGGGCCUGUUUCUCCCAGGUUGUUGACACCCUUCAUAUUGAGGACACCUUUGGUGGCAACUAUGCAUGAGGAUGACUCCCCAGAUUUGGCAGAAGUCGCAAAAAUCUUGAGAGACAUUCUCGAGAUCCCAGAUGUCCCCUUGAAAGUACGUAAAUUGGUCGUAAACGUGUGUGAUGUGGUUACUCGAAGAGCUGCUCGACUGGCAGCUGCAGGUAUCGUGGGAAUUUUAAAGAAGAUUGGUAGGGACGGUAGCGGUGGAAUCAUGAGCGGGAGGAGCAGAGGUGACGUCAAAAUGAGGAGAACCGCCGUGGCCAUCGAAGGCGGUUUAUACACCAACUACUCAAUGUUCAGGGAGUAUCUGAACGAAGCCAUGGUUGAGAUAUUGGGAGAAGAUGUGGCCAAACACGUGAUUUUCAAUGUGAUGGAAGAUGGAUCGGGAAUUGGUGCUUCCCUCCUCGCCGCUUCACACGCAUCCAACGAUCCGGAUGCCGUACAGAUGCUAUAAGUAUAUAUAUUGUUUGAUAUUUAUACGAAUAGCCCCUGUAAAUGUAGCAUUUGUUUUUCUUCUGGCAUUGUCCAUAUCUUCUUUAUAAAUGGAAAGAGGUGAGGCUUGUUCAUAGUAUGCCAUUGGAUUCAUAUCUUUAUUGUACAUUCGACCAAGCAAAUUUAAAUGAAGGUUCUUUCUAUUUUGUCC